AUGUUGACCGAAGUGAGGUCUCUCCAACGCCAUUCCUCGUCAUUAAGUCUUGCCUCCGGCUCAAUCACGAUGAAACGCGGCCCCGAAAGCUUUAGCUGGGCAGCUUUUCGAGAGCAUCUCUCGACUCACCUCGAACAGCAGGCUGCUCACACUACCAGGGCGGAGUUGAUUCGAUCUAACCAGGAGUUCCUGAACACGAUUCCCGACGACGACGACGACGACGAUGACAACCUCCCGCGUCUUCCCGCUUCCGAAAUCACCUACCAGGAUCUGAAGGACAUCUUCAAUCUCCAUGAAGACCUAGAACGCGACCUCGUUGAAAUCCCCGACGCGGGUAGAUUUCAUGUGCCGGAGAGCCUAGAGCGCGAGAUGACUAAGGAGCUCGGAGCGCUAGCCCAUGGCUCGAAGAAUAACCUCCGUCCCUGCUCUCCCAUUUUUACUCCAGAAACGUACCUCACUGUCGAAGUGUCUCACAAGAGAAUGCGGAAAAACGUCACAGCUGAUGCGGAUUGUUCGGUCCUGUACACUAAGCAUGAAACGGCACCCUGUUUGGUACUUCUGGAAGCACCGAGCCUGGACUCGUUGAGCAUGCGCCUAGUUGAGUGCUUGACCUAUAUGGCGAUGGUUCAGGCGAUGGGGAAACGCCAAGGAGGUCAGAAUACUGCCAUAUUCGGCCUUGUUUCGGACGGUCGUGACAUCGUUUUCCUUGAGAUUGGCAAUGACACAAAGUGGUGCCAGUGGCGCCCACACCGGGCUUGGGGGCCGAAAACGAAGGAUAAAAUCUAUACUGUGCUUCGUCUGAUUAUAAGAGAUACCAUGAUGGGCUCGUCCCACCAAUGA